UGUAACUAAAGAUGAAAGGUUGGUUAUGUUAUGUCAGCGAUAGUUAAAAUAGGUACUCAAAAUUUAUGAUGAAGUAUGAAGUCUCGCAAAGUUGCAAACGCCAAGAUGCUCGAACAAGCGGUGAACCCGAACAUGUUCGUGACUGACGGGGGUUCAGUGAAUCGCGCCGCGGGCAACUGUUAUUAAACGCGACGCCGGCACCGGGACAGUGACUUGCCCGGCGGACGGCGACAAUGGCGGCGUGGUGGUGCGUGGCGUGUGCGGCGGUGGCGCUGCUGUACGCCCUGGUCGACGUCAACUACUUCCUGCGACUGGCCCUCACCAUCGGCGUCGCCAAGCUGCUGCAGAGGAGGACCAGUGUCCUGCAGCCCACCUCCGUCUACAGCGUGUGUCUGCCCAGCGACGUGGACGCCUGCCUCAAGCACAUGAACAACGCGCGCUUCGUGCGCGAGCUGGACUUCGCCCGCUUCGACUUCUACUUCCGGUGCGGCCUGUUCGGCGAGCUGAUGGUGCGGCGCGGCGGCAACGCAGUGCAGGGCGCCUCGGCCAUCCGCUACCGCCGCCCGCUGGCCGUCUUCAGCGCCUACCGCGUCGACACCCAGAUGGUGUGGUGGGAUGACAAGGCCAUCUACCUGGAGCAGCGCUUCGUCACGCUGAGGGACGGCUUCGUGCGAGCCGUGAGCCUCAGCAAGCAGAGCGUCAUCGGCGUGAGCGCCGACGAGGCGGUGCGCGCGCUGGCCGGCGCCGACGUCUCCAAGCCCGACCUCCCGGAGGACCUGCGGCUGUGGCUGGACAGUCUCCAGGCGUCCAGCGCCAAGCUGCGGCCCAAGAGCAACUGAUUCCUCCUCCUCUAUCUCCUCCUCCUCCUCCUUCCUCCUCCUCUUUCUCUUUGUCCUCCUGGACUGCUGCAAGCCCGACCUUCCAGAGAACCUGCGGCUGUGGCUGGACAGUCUCCAGGCGUCCAGCGCCAAGCUGCGGCCCAAGAGCGACUGAUUCCUCCUCCUCUAUCUCCUCCUCCUCCUCCUUCCUCCUCCUCUUUCUCUUUGUCCUCCUGGACUGCUGCAAGCCCGACCUUCCAGAGAACCUGCGGCUGUGGCUGGACAGUCUCCAGGCGUCCAGCGCCAAGCUGCGGCCCAAGAGCGACUGAUUCCUCCUCCUCUUCCUCCUCUUCCUCCUCUUCCUCCUCUUCCUCCUCUUCCUCCUCUUCCUCCUCUUCCUCCUCUUCCUCCUCUUCCUCCUCUUCCUCCUCUUCCUCCUUGUCCUCCUGGACUGCUGGAGCCCGACCCUCCAGAGGACCUGCGGCUGGCCGUCUGCAACGAGCGAACAUGGCCCAUUUUACUGUCGUGUCUCCUUAUCUAAUGACACAACAGGAAUUCAGUAGGUGUGUAAGCUAAUAAUGAAAAUUUAUCAUUUAGUUUCAUUGUGUUAUCACUGAUAACGUAAAUAACGUAGAGAGGGUUGCAUUAACUAGUAACAAAUUUAUUCAUUAUCAAGCAAUUAACAAUACUAGUGAGUGACAUUGAACAAAUAUACUUCAAUCUUCAGUGGAAAACGUAAACACGGCGACGACACGCAACGUCCCCAGAAAAUGGCAAAGACCAAACUAGACUUAUAAUGUUUUUAACCAAUUCUUGCAAAGAUCCACCUCUGAAAUAUUCUGUCACCUCAAGUUCUGAAAUUAUUCAAUCACCAGCAUUUCGUUUGCCAUACCAGACGUGCGUUGUUCCAGCGGCGUGGUCAUGAAAACAAACAAGCGGAACAUUUAAAGUAUGCGUGUACUUGAGAAAAUUAAAAAUACACAAUUUAAUUUGCAGGAUAGUGCUGCUAUUUGUAGGAUUUUUUUCAAAGCAGAUGUAUCGAUGGUUGUCGAACGUCCUCUAGAAUCCAUUGAAAUCAGUUUGUAGCCUCAUGCAAGGCACACUUUAUUAAAAUGGUUGUUUUUUCGUUACCUAACAGGGAUUGUGUUUGUACACGUUCUGGAAUACGGUUUGUGAGUUAGGUUACGGUUGUAUCCCAACAAGGUACCUAGUGCUUAUUCGCUACCUUACUUGAAAGUCAUGGACCACCGCCCUUUAUGUAUUGUGUUGCAUUUUGAACAAUGUGAUUAAAUUAGAUAAGACUGAUAACGUUUACAUCCAUUGCAUUAUCAAUAUAGUCUACAUUCAAAUCUUAGUCAACGCUGUAAAGAAAUAAGAAAAAUCCUAAAAAUUAUUAUUUGCUUAUACACCUUUAACAUGUACCUGUUUUAUGUACUGGAAGCUAUCUUUUCAAAAUAAAAGAAUAUAUCUUAUGAUCUGAGAUGAUUAUUUCAUCAAAAUUUAUGGAGUAACAGUCUUACAUGUCAAAAAAUCAAAUUUAAGAGUAGUAACAUUUAACAUUACAAUAUAUAGGGGUGGCCACCAGGGGCGCAACAACAGGGGAGGGAGAGGGUAUUUUGCCCCCCUCCCCUCUGAAACCUUGAAGUUGGGGCAAAGGGGGGCAAAGAAAGUGCUGUGUAAUCAAUUUUUAGAUAAUAAAACUGCUUAAAUAGCACCAUUUUCAACCUUGAAAUGCAAAUUUUCCCGGGGGAGGACCCCCGGACCUCCCACUUCAAUAGGAGGGAUCGAUGAUUCUUUAUAAAAAGGUAUAUUGCCCCCCCUUUGGAGAUUUAGUUGUUGUGCCCCUGGUGGCCACAUCUGCAUGAUUACAUGGUAAGUGUGUGAAGCAGUUAUUUUCUUCAGUUAAUUUUUCACCAUAUUGGUCAGAUGCCCCAAACAUUGGCUGAAGUGUAGUGUUUGCAUUGUAAAAACAGUUUAAAUGACUUACCUUUUUUGAAUUCCAUCAAGAUUAUUAUUGUAUUAUAAUUAAUUUUAUAAGAAAAUAUUUUACCAUUUGAGUUUUACCUGAAAUGUUUUUAAUACAUUUUUGUCUUUGACGUGUUUUCAUUUUAUGUUUAGUAUUAGUCCUGAUGAAUUUAAUGGCGUUGGAAAUUUGUUCAGCACUUGACGAAAUAGCAGUUAUAAUAUUUUUGUUAAUACAACCAGACAAAUUUUUUUGAAUUUAUGUAUGUGUGAAAAUUUUUUUUAUUAACUAUGGGUGGCAUCAGGAGGUUAAAAAGCUGUGCUAAAAAUUGCAAUGAAUUUUGUUCUGCUGUGGAAGUUGGUCCUCACGUUUCUAAAUAUCUAAUAGACAUACGUUGGUGAGUAAAAUUCUUGUUUUUACAAACGCUUGUGUACAAUAUUAUUACUAGCAAAACUGAACUUUGAGUGUACUAAAUUAAUUAUUAAGUAAGUUCCGUCUACGACGAUUGUGCAAGUGCUAACAGUAUUACCAUUUUUUUAGUGAUAUUCGAGUAAUUCUGUAAACAGCUAGGUUUAACAUGUCAUUUAUGUUAACUACUUGAAGAAUGCUUUAUAAUAGUGUGGAUGUGUGGUUAGGUUAAGUACGUGAAAAAUACCAUGAAUGUGGCUUUACCACAAAUAAAAUAAUAUGAUAUUUAAAAUACUUUGUUUGAACACUUAAGAUGUAUAUUACUUUAAAACAUUAUUUUUCUGAAGUUUGUUUUUGUCUCAGUUCCUCUUGUAUCAAAUUACCAUA